UUUCAUUACAAAACUGGAAUUCAACCUCAGGAAAAAAUCUAGAGAGAGAAACAACUAGAAAGUAGAGAGAGAAAGCAGCCGACCUGAAGUCCUCCUCAGCUCCAACCAAAUGCUCUGCGGAUCAACUCAGAUCUAGUUUCUCGUUUCCGUUUCCGUCCUCUUCCUCUCCAUUUCCACAUCUGUCUCCCCCUCUCUCUCUUCCACUUCCCGCGCAAACAAACCAUAGAUCACGGAAGAAUCUAGAGAGAAAGUAGCGGAGGUCAAGUCUGAGCUCGAAUGCUGCUAUACGGAUCAGCUUUAAUGUAAUUUGUAGUCUCCGUUUCUCUCCCACAUCAUCUCUCUCUUCCUUCCUCUUUCCGCGCAAACGAGACAUCGCAGAGAACUUUAGAGAGACAAAGUAGUCGUCGGUGAAGUCUCAGCUCGAUAUGCUAUAAGAUCAGCUCAGAGCUUCAGAUCUGCUAUAUAAUUUGUGAAGUCUUCACAGAUUUGACUUGGUUUUAAACAGAUCGGAGCUUCCUCUUCGACGCAGAUCUAUAAAUUAAUUGCGGAUUUAACGAGUACUGUCGGCGACAAUGGCUCCGAGUACGAUUCGCAAAGCAAUUGGAGUGGUGAAGGAUCAGACGAGCAUCGGAAUAGCGAAGGUCGCGAGCAAUAUGGCUCCGGAGCUCGAAGUCGCGAUCGUGAAGGCGACUAGCCACGACGACGAUCCGGCGGACGAGAAGUAUGCAAGGGAGAUCUUGCAGAUGACUUCGUAUUCGCGAGGGUAUGUGAGUGCUUGCGUCGCUUUGGUGUCGAGGCGGUUGGGGAAAACCAGGGAUUGGAUCGUUGCAUUGAAGACCUUGAUGCUAGUUCACAGGCUGUUAUCCGACGGCGACUUCAUUUUUCAGCAGGAGAUCAUGUACGCCACGCGGAGGGGGACGAGGCUGCUGAACAUGUCGGAUUUUCGCGACGAGGCUCACUCGAAUUCGUGGGACCAUUCGGCUUUCGUGAGGACUUAUGCUCUGUAUUUGGAUCAGAGGUUGGAGUUGAUGUUAUAUGAGAGAAAACAGAAUGGUGGUGGUAGUGUCGGUGGUGGUGGUGGUGGAGAAAUUGAGAGGUAUGGAUCAAGAGAGGAACGGUGGAAGUCACCGCCAAAUCGGGGUUAUGACUAUGACUACAAUGAGUUCAGGGAUGAACCAGGGUAUGGAAAUAAUGGGAUGAGACGUUCGAGGUCAUCCGGGGACGUGAGGGAGUCUUCGAUGCCGGGAAGAGAGGAGAAGAGGGAAGUGACCCCAUUGAGAGAUAUGAAGCCCGAGAGGAUGUUCGGAAAGAUGGCUCAUUUGCAGAGGCUUCUGGAUAGGUUCUUGGCGUGUAAGCCCACGGGGAUGGCCAAGAAUAGCAGGAUGGUGUUGGUUGCGUUGUACCCUGUUGCGAAAGAGAGUUUUAAGCUAUAUGCUGACAUAUGCGAGGUGUUGGCUGUGUUGCUUGAUCGAUUUUUUGACAUGGAGUAUUCAGAUUGUGUCAAGGCAUUGGAAGCAUAUGCAAGUGCGGCUAAGCAGAUUGAUGAGCUUAUAGCCUUUUAUAAUUGGUGCAAGGACACUGGUGUUGCAAGGUCAUCAGAGUACCCGGAAGUGCAGAGGAUUACGAGUAAGUUGUUGGAGACAUUGGAGGAGUUUGUGCGGGAUAGGGCAAAGGCGACAAAGAGUCCGGAGAGGAGGGUGGAGGCUCAGCCGGUAGCUCAAGAGGAGCCUGUACCUGAUAUGAAUGAAAUAAAGGCGUUGCCAGCCCCGGAGAAUUACACUCCGCCACCACCAGCACCUGAGCCGGAGCUUCCUACGCCUCCAAAGAAGCAAGAGGCGGGGGACUUGGUGGAUUUGAGGGAUGAAGCGGUAACUGCAGAUGAUCAGGGGAAUAGGUUUGCCUUGGCAUUGUUUGCAGGGCCGGCAGAGAACAACAAAAAUGGAUCAUGGGAAGCAUUCCCCUCAAAUGGAGAGCCUGCAGUAACCUCUGCUUGGCAAAACCCGGCAGCUGAAAGUGGUAAAGCUGAUUGGGAAUUGGCCUUAGUGGAGUCCGCAAGUCAUCUUUCGAAUCAAAAGGCCGCAUUGGGUGGUGGGCUUGAUCCAUUGCUGUUGAAUGGCAUGUAUGAUCAGGGAACAGUAAGGCAACAUGUGAGCACCGCUCAAUUGAGUGGUGGAAGUGCCAGUAGUGUUGCAUUGCCUGGGGCAGGGAAGAGCACAACGCCUGUGUUGGCACUCCCGGCCCCUGAUGGAACAGUCCAGACGGUUGGAGGAGACCCUUUUGCUGCAUCAUUGUGCAUUCCACCGCCAUCGUAUGUACAAAUGUCUGAUAUGGAAAAGAAACAACAGUUUCUUGUGCAGGAGCAGAUGGUAUGGCAACAGUAUGCUAAUACUGGUAUGCAAGGCCAAUCUAGUUUAACCAAGAUCAGUGGUGGCGGAUACUAUGCUCCAGGUGUUCAGCCUGUGAUGCCUUAUGGAAUGCCGCCAGUCAAUGGAAUGGGACUACCACCGGCCGGGUACUACCAUACUCCUUACUGAUUUUGCUACUUAUCUCAGUAUUUGUAUACAUGACUCCUCCUUGUUUCUUUUUUUAUGUUCUCUUUCUAGUGCGUUUUUUUUGUUUCCGAUGUAAGUUGAUGUGAACUUAUUCCUGAAAUUUGUGCACAACAAAGGGGAAAGAGGUAGACUGAACUGAAGAGAUAUGUGAUGGUGGGUACUUGGAUUUUGGGUGCUUUAUUAUCCAAUUAUGAUGUCUCUCUCUGUUUGUAAUAUUUGAAUUUUCUUGGCAUCUUUAAUAUUUUUAUGUGAAGCAUGUUGUUUGAACAUGAAA